AUGAAAACUGCUAUUGUACGUGGGACUUUGGGCAUUGACCAGCUAAAACGAAAGCUGACUCUCUCUAAGAAAUCGGACCUUGUUGGAAAAAUCAAGGAGUUCUUUAAUCGCGACGAUGUUUCUAGAACUACAGAAGGAAAGCGAGAAACUGUAACCUACAAAAAAUGUGUUAGAAAGUGUGAAGUGAUAGAGAGGUCAAGUAAAAAAGUGAAGAUUACAAAAAACGUAAAAGAAAUUGUUGAAGGGACUGUUCCAGAAUUAAUAGGAAGGUUUAAUAAAACCCUGAGAGAAUUGAAAAAACAUAGCUUUAACAUAACAACACAGUAUAGGAGUUAUAGAGAUGUUAUAGAUAAUUUGAAGAGUGAUGAAAUCGUUCUACACAUCAAUUUCAGCGAGAACUAUAGCUGCAAAUGUUUUGAAGAAGUGCAGUGCCAUCAUUUUGGCGGCUCGAGAAAGCAGGUUACAUUACAUACUGGAGUUAUGUACACCAAAACAGAAGAAGAGGACAAACCGACGAUAAUGUCAUUUUGUACCAACUCUCACACUUCCAUGUCUAUUUGGACACACCAUCCAGUUAUUAGCAAUUUAAAAACUGUACUUCCUAAUAUAACAACAAUCCAUUUCUUCUCCGAUGGUCCUGCUACUCAGUACAGGCAGAAACUAAAUUUCUAUUUCAUAUUUACGGAAAUAUUCAAGUACAACUUCGUUCGCGUCACAUGGAACUUCUUUGAAGCAGGUCACGGCAAAGGUGCCGCUGAUGGUAUUGGUGGUUACCUUAAACGCACUGCAGAUAAAAAGGUAGCGACUGGUUCAGAUAUUUCUGAUUCAGAAACUUUUUUCCACACAUUGAGGAACUCGAGCAAGGUCCGUCUGUACUUAGUGACUGAUAAUGACAUUGAAAAUGUCGAAAAAACUGUACCAAAAAAUGUAGUACCACUCCAGGGUACUAUGCAGGUUCAUCAAGUUUUCACUGAUACUCCAGAUGGAUUGAAAAACAAAGAACUACUGGCCGAUAUAUCCAAUGUCCCUACCGAAUCUAGAAGAAGUUACUACAGCAUGGUUUACUCCCCAUCUUCUAGCUCUGACGAAGAGGUUCUUGCAAACUUGGACCAGCCAUCUGUGUCUAACGUGAAAAAAAAACAGCUAAUCCAUAAGGAAAACGUUCAUCCAUCGAAGAUAUCAGAUGGUGUUUACGUUUUAGUUAAAAUUUCUUCCGUUAACGACAAACAUUAUACUUACCUGGGAGUGGCUAAAAGUACUGUUGAUGAAGAGGGAGACGUCAAGGUCAUGUUUUAUAAGACUGUAGAUUGUACUUCUAAAAUUUUUAAAGCAGUCGAGACUGAUAUAUCUUACGAACCUUAUUACAAUAUCUUGCAAAUCGUUCUUAAUCCUAAAAUGGUCAUGAAAGGAAGUAUCACCACUACCAACAGCAUAGGAGCGCCUCCACUACGUUUUAAUCUGAUCAGAUGGAGAGGGGUAUAUCCUUUCUGGUCCAGCUCCUGCUUUAUCUCUUCCUCCUUGAAUGACGUGGGGAUACCGCGUAGGACAGCAUUAAUUUCCAAAAUAGUUUAG